UUGGUCCCGAACGUGCAAAUUGCUGUGCGAAUCAAUCGAACACAAAGCCAUGCACAAAAAAGCGUGAGAGGCGUCCGCGGGCCGCGCGUAUCUCUUAUCACUGCGAGCGUCACGGCGAGUGGCGAGCCGAACGGUGGGAGGCGCAUCUCGCAUCGAAUCAUCGGUUGAAUCGGCGCUUAACGUGCAACAGUGACACGCAGCGAGCGCGGCGAGUAGCGCGUAGCGACCGACGAGAAACCGAGUUGUAGUAAACGCACCGCGACCGCACCUAUCCCGACGACCGACCGCCUGCCGAAUGCGGGGGCCGUGUGUAGUUUAGUGAAUCUCGACGCAAAUAUUAUGGAUAAAUAGCGAAUCAACAUUAUCAGCGUAUGUCUAAUCAGCGUUGCACGAUGACUUUUACAAGAAUAUUAGCUGUGCUAGUCCUUGGGGCACUCAUAGAUGCACGAGAAAUACCUUCACCGCCGAGAAUAAUCAAACAGCCGCCCACCGACGAAGUGCUCUUCCAGGUCGGCGUGGACGAGAACGACAAACCGUUUUACAUCGAAUGCGAGGCGGUCGGCGAGCCGGCGCCGAAGUACAGAUGGAUUAAAAACGGCAAACACUUCGACUGGCAAACGUACGACGACCGUAUCUCACAGCAACCCGGUCGUGGCACUCUAUCAAUCGCCAAGCCGAAGGAUGAAGAUCUCGGCCAGUAUCAAUGUUUCGCCGAGAACGAAUAUGGCGUCGCCACUUCCAAUUCAGUCUUCAUGCGUAAAGCCGAGCUCAAUUCAUUCAAGGCACAACCACCGCUAUCACUCACCGGGCAGGAGGGUGAACCUUAUAAGCUCAGCUGUCAACCGCCGGAUGGCUGGCCUAAGCCGAAAGUAUACUGGGUGAAAUUAUUGAAUUCUGACGCGUUCAAAGCCAUAAACAACUCCAGAAUGACACUGGAUCCAGAGGGUAAUCUCUGGUUUUCGAAUCUGACGAAACAAGACGCCACUGAUGGUUUCAUGUACGCAUGCGCAGCUGCAUCAUCCACUAAACUAGAGUACAAGUUAGGUAAUCGUGUGUUACUUAAAGUUAUCACUACCGGAGUGUCUGCAGCGCAAAAUAAACACGAACCGGUUAAGCAAUACGUCACCAGGAAGAAUGAAGUUGCUUUAAGGGGUAAAAAGGUUGAGUUGUAUUGUAUUUACGGUGGUACGCCAUUACCGCAAACAGUCUGGACUAAAGAUGGUCGACAGAUCUUAUCAACUGAACGUGUGCAGCAGAAUAACUACGGUAAAUCACUGGUGAUAAACCUGGUGGAUUUCGAUGAUGAAGGCGCGUAUACUUGUGAAGUAUCCAAUGGUGUCGGUGAAUCUCAAACGCAUUCAAUCAAUCUGCAAGUGCUGGCUGUGCCGUACUUCACCGAGGAGCCGGAAAUCAUCAACGCCGCCGAAGAUGAAUCGGUGGAAUUCCGUUGCGAUGCCACCGGCGUCCCCAAGCCGCAAAUUAAAUGGAUUCACAAUGGCAAGCCCAUUGCGGAAGCCCCGCCCAAUCCGCGACGCAAAGUUGGUCCUAAUACGAUCAGUAUUGAGAGAUUAGUGAAACGCGAUACUGGUAAUUACGGCUGCAACGCCACCAAUUCCCUUGGGUAUGUCUACAAGGAUGUCUACGUGAAUGUGCUGGCCCUAGCGCCGGAAAUCACCGAAGCGCCGCAUGAUCAGGAGGCGGUCGAUGGCAGAGGUAUUAAUAUGACUUGCAAAGUGUUCGGCGCGCCUAAACCGGAAGUCAAGUGGGUGCACAACGGCAAGGAACUCACCGGCGGACGAUUCAAAGUGCUGGAAAAUGGCGAUUUGAAUAUUGAUACGAUACAAUUUGACGAUUCCGGAGAGUAUACUUGUUAUGCGGAGAAUAAAUUCGGACGCGCGAAUGCAUCCUGUUCGUUUAACGUAAAAUCACAUACGUUUAUCAGUGACGGACCUGAGGAUUAUGAAGUAUCAGCUGGUACACAGGCGACAUUCAGGUGUAACGCCGUUGCGGAUCCUUCCUUACCUUUAGAAAUCAUCUGGAUGAAUAAUGGUGAACCGAUUGACUUUGAAGGUGAACCACGAUUCGUAAAAUCCUCGGAUUAUUCUUUGACAAUCACGAAAACAAUUGAAUUGGAUUCGGGUACCUAUACCUGCUUAGCUCGUACACCUUUAGAUGAAGCAUCAGCUAGAGCAACCCUAACUGUCCAGGAUGUACCUAAUGCUCCUAGAAUGGAGAGCAUCAGGUGUAAUAACAAAGAUGCUGUUGUCAGGUGGUUCCCACAGGGUGAUAACCGUGCUCCUAUCUCACAUUAUACUCUACAGUACAACACUUCAUUCACUCCGGAUGUGUGGGAGACUGCCUACGAUCACAUACCAGCUGUUGAUAUGACCUACAGCGCACCUAUGAGCCCAUGGGCUAACUAUACCUUCAGAGUUUUAGCACAUAAUAAAAUCGGACCUUCUUUACCCUCGUCACAUUCAGAUGUUUGUAGUACACAACCGCAGGUACCACAUAAAAACCCCGAUCGUGUUGAAGGUGAAGGUGACCGCCCUGAUAACCUGGUCAUCCGGUGGACACCAAUGCCUGAGAUUGAACACAACGCGCCGAAAUUCCAGUAUAAAAUCUUCUGGAAGCGGGAUAUACCCGGUGCGGAGUAUAAUGUGCACGAUAUCUUAAACUGGCGACAAGAUAAUCUUGUUAUUUAUGAUCAACCAUCAUUCCAACAGUAUCGUAUCAAGGUUGUCGCUAUGAAUGAACUUGGUGAAGCUGACGUUGCCCCACAGGAAGUCAUUGGCUAUUCGGGAGAAAACGAACCUACCCAGGCCCCGUAUAAUUUCACACUUGUACAAAUUCAAUCGCCUACCAAAGCUUUGCUUAGCUGGAACCCAGUGAGUUUGGAUUCUGUCCGCGGGCAUUUCAAAGGUUACAAAAUCAAGACCUGGACGGAUAAGAAGCCUGGGCAUAAAGAGAUACAAGUACAAGGCGAAGCUACCAAGGCGCUGGUGACGAAUUUUACUCCGUUUGCGAAGAAUUACGCGCAGGUUUAUGUUUACAACGGCAAAUACAAUGGACCACCAAGUGAGACGCUUUCGUUCGAUGCGCCGGAAGGAGCCCCGGGACCAAUCUCAUUCUUGGAGGCUUAUCAAAUGGGUUCUUCUGCAUUCCUACUCACUUGGAAGAAACCUGACCAGCCGAACGGCAUCCUCACCGGGUACAAAAUCUUCUAUUCUGUUGUCAAUGGAACUUCGGUGUUCCCCGAGAUUGCUAGAGAUCCGCAGAUUUUGAAUCCCAUACAGUUGCGGGCGAAAUUAUCUGGGUUACAACCGGGGGUUAAGUAUAGGUUGUAUAUUAGUGCGACAACUGCUGCUGGCGAUGGUAAAAAGUUCUUUAUUGAGCGUGUAACAAGGGGAUCUGGUGCAAUGCGUCCGAAUCAACCGACAUUUAGUACUUCACGUGUUCCCAGCGAUGGCGGCAAUAUGGUCACUAUUCGUGUCCAAUGGUUGCCCGAUUUCGAACGGCCCGGUUCUCACUUCUACGUGAAAUACCGCAGGAAAGGCGAUUCCAACUACCAGACCACUCAUGAAGAAUACCAUGAUGAUUACACAGAUGUAGCGGGCUUGGAACAAGGCGAGACUUAUGAAAUGUCGGUUGUUGCCGUUGACGGUAACUACCAGGUUGAAAGUUCGCAGCAGGAAAUCGACACGUAUGGCGGCGAAGGACCGAUUAUUCAACCACGCGAAAAUGUAGCAACUGCCGGCUGGUUUAUUGGCAUGAUGCUUGCCAUUGCCUUCCUCUUACUGGUGUUGAUCUUGGUGUGCAUUGUGAAACGCAAUCGUGGUGGUAAAUAUGCUGUGCACGAGAGGGAGCAAGCGAAUGGCCGACACGAUUAUCCGGAUGAAGGUGGUUUCCAUGAGUAUUCACAACCGUUGGACGCGAAAUCAACUGCGAGUGAGCCGAAACCAGGGCCGGAAAGCGAUACGGAUUCGAUGGCUGAGUAUGGUGAAGGAGACACAGAAGGUAUGAAUGAGGAUGGCUCAUUUAUCGGACAAUACGGGCGUAAGGGCAAACAGGGUGGUGAAACAACGUCCCAGGGAUUUGCUACUUUGGUUUAAAAGUCGCUUCACAGAGGAUGGCUCAUUUAUCGGACAGUACGUGCCCACGAAUAUGAGACAGGCGCCUCCGAAUGCUGCCACCUACGUUUAAGUAUUCAAAAAUCCCCCAAAAAACAACGUUCGACACGCGCGAAAUGCAAACAAAAACGAACGAUCGAACAAAAACCAAACGUGAAACACGCGUACACACAUCAAAAACAAAAAAAAAAGCGCGUGCAUUUUAGAUUUGUAUUCGGCUAGAGACGUCUUUCUAUCACCUCGAAUAUCUUCUUGCAUCUUGCAUCUUACUAUUCUGACCACAUACAAACACACAACUUAUGAGGACAUCUAUUUGUAUUUCGAAUGCAGUUAAGUUUACCUAGUUUUCUUUAUUUUGUACCACGAAGCUGAGUUUAAAUUCGUCCAUUUUUUAGAUUUACUCGAUUAUUUGCUAGGUUGUAAUAUUUAAAGAGUUCAUAUAGUAACGCGACGCGUUUGUUUGUAAAUGAUUAAGUGUAAAGUUUAAGAAAAAGGCGCGAUGAGAUUGCGAUGAUGAGUAUUUCAUUUUUAUCCAUUGAUUGUUAUUACGUUAGUAGGUGUAAUGAUUGUGGACCUCUUCUCCUCCGCCGCUGUAUUAUAUUCAAAGUGCAACAAGCAUACACACACACACAAUACACAGAAACAACACACACGUGCAGACAAAUUCGCUAAAGUAACAUAAAUAAAAGUAAAUUUUAAAGAAAUCGCGCUUAGUUAGGUAGGCCUGACACUGCCAAUAUGAGAAAUGGGCUUGGGCUUGUUGAAUUGAUUUGUUGAUGACAUUUUUUUAUGAUAGAUGAAGAUGAAUUGUGAAACACACUCACGAUGGGAACCGGUGUUGUUGCUUGUUACGAGUUUGCCCUCCCCCCCUUUUUCUGCAAUUUUCUGCAAUCUUGUCUUCUUUCGGUUUUUCCGUUGUUUCGAGAGUCGCAACCAACCAUCAUUAAGGAUAUAAUUGAUAAUGAAAUAAAUACUAUUUAUAUUUAUAUAUAAUAUAUGAUAUUAUAAAUAUUAGGUAGGAUCGCUUUUGUACAUGUAAAGAUUAUGGGUGUCGCGAGCACGGAGUGUAACGCACUAGAUUGUGUUUUAAGAAAACAAAGACAGGCAAAGAGAAUGCAACACACAGAAACACACAAAACAAGAAAAAACAAAAUUAAUGAUUCAUUGAUACUACUCGCCUUUUUGUAUGCCGUAAUUGCGAAAUAUGAAACAUUUAUGUACAACUUAAGUCGACCUGGCGGGAUUCUCGCGGGCGUGUGGCGUGCGACGAAUCAAAAGUUUAUUUAAUUAUUUGCCGCGCGCGCGUUGGAGUCCCCCCAUAACAGACGCCUAGAGCUUUUUAUUAUUACAUACAUUGUAUUUUUUUUCAUUUUUUCGAUUCGUUUACUUUACGAAAAUACCUACAAAACUAAUACUGAAACAUAUGCAAUAACGAAAAGAUCUGUAACAAUUCUCUUUUUGACGAUUUGACAAUUUACACUGCUCUCAAGUGUCGUAAAUUUAUUUUUUUAUGGAGCUUUUUUUAUUUUGAACAAAAUGUCAUAAUUUUUGCACUUAAAAAUAAAAAACAAAACAAUUUACUAUUAAAAAA